AUGCGGUCAAAAAGGUCAGACUCCACCUCCGGUACCAGCUCUUCAUCUAAAGCCGCAGACAUUCCAACUCUCGAUGCUGAACCAGACGAACCUGAUGCACUAAUGGAAGAGGAAAUGAACCGUACACCAGAAGAAAAUAAGAAUCCAUCGUGCCGACAAACGGUCCGAGUUGUCGUUGAAAAGGAUGGAUCAUUCAGUCCACCACCUGCACUCUCACCGGCAUAUUCGGUUCAAGGAGAGGAUAUGGAGCAGGAUAAAAAUGAAGAAGACAAAAUAGGCAAGGAAAUCAAGGAAGAAGUUGUUGAUGACCAUGAGAUGGACGACGAGGAGAAGACACCGAAAAAAGAUGAAAAGAAAUCACUAGAGGAAAAAAAACCAAAAAUGAAGUAUAAGAAACGAGCUGAAAAAGACAAAGAUGCAGUUCCAUUCAUUGAUCCAAACGCGCCAAAACGCAAUCGUUCUGCCUAUGUUCUUUUCAUAGUCCAUCGUCGAGCCUCUUACUCGAAAGCCACGAUGUCACAACGAGAUAUUAAUAUCUCAUUAGCAGCUGAUUGGCAGAAGUUGUCAGCUGAUGAACGAGUUCCCUUUCAUCAAAAAGCGGAAGAAGAGAAGAAAAAAUAUAUAGAAUUGAUGGAAGAGUAUAAGAAGACUGAUCUGCACAAAGAGUUUCAAACAAAGCGCUCGAAAUACCGCAGAAUACAACAGGCAUCGGCGAACAACCGUAAACGAAAACACGGAGACGACUCGGAUGAUGACGGAAACGAGCCAGGAGUUCAGAUGUCGUUCCCGAAGCCGACUGCCUUUUGUCCACUAUUGAACAAAGAGGAUUCCAGUUCAUCUGCGCUACAGUAUACCGGACCAAUCUUCACUCCAGAAUUUAUGAGCUACAAUAAAAGUCGCGACUCAUAUCGUCGUCAGUUGGCAGUGGAGAGAUCGAAUUUGGAGCAUGAGUUGGACGCGUUAUACGAUUAUGAUAUUGAUGUACGCAUUCAGAAGCAAGAAGAUCGAAUUAAAAGUUUGGAUGAUAAGAUUGAGGAAACGAUGAAAAAGGUGAAAGCGAUGUUUGAUGGAGUUUCUGGUGUGAAAGAUACAUUCACCUCGAUCGAUUCUCUUUCCGAGUGGCUCACAUCUCUCAGUCGUUUGGGUGCUAACAAUCCUACCAAGAAAGCUGUCAAAGAAGCAAUCCACAAAAAUGGGAAAGCGAUUGUGGCUUUGAGAAAAUGA